AUGAGCAAUGCCUCCAUCGUCAUUGCAUGCAUGCGAGCAGCGAGUGCGGCCAUCUGGGGGCUCAACGGUCAACCUCGCCUGCUAUGCGCUCAUGCUCGCCCUGCCUCCACGCUCACCUCACUUCCCGUAUCUCCCUCUCCUCCCAACCCCCUCAUCAUCGCCAAGCGAGCAGCGAGUGCGGCCAUAUGGGGCGUCACCCUCGCCUGCUACGCGGCCAUGCUCGCCCUGCCUCGCCGCCUCUCCGGCUACGUCGUCUUCCUUGCCGCCUUCGCCUUCCUCAUCUUCUGGUCUGCCCCCUCCCAUGCGCCCCACCUGCGCCCCUUCUGUGUUUCUCUCAUGGUUUCACUCCUCUGCUGCGCCUCAUGCCCUGCUUUUCCCUCUUGUCCCACUGCAUUUGUGUUUCUCUCAUGGUUUCACUCCUCUGCUGCGCCUCAUGCCCUGCUUUUCCCUCUUGUCCCACUGCAUUUCCAUGCGACGAGCCUAGAUGCGAGUGCGUGGAGGAGGGGAGACAUCGACUUCACGGGCACACUCAUGAUCGUCACUCUCAAGCUCGUGGGGGCCGCCAUGGACUGCCAGGACGGCAGCAUGGGCCAGCAGGACGGCAGGGAGCGGCAGGACGGCAGGGAGAAACAGGAUGGCGGCCCACCACGCGCCAGCAGCGCCUCCCCCAGCGCGCGCUCCCGCGUGCCCCCGCUGGUGCCGUUCCUGGGGUUCGUCUUCUUCCCCGCCGCGCUGCUCGUGGGCCCGCCCUUCCCCCUCGCCGCUUACCACGACUACGUUGAGGGCAGAGGGUGCUGGGCCACGCUCUACGCGCACAAGCAUCCAUCUGCACCACACUCCCCCGCCUUCCCUCCGCGUGUGCUGCCGGCAUGCGCCGCACUGCUCAAGGCGCUGCUCUGCAUGGCCGUCUACCACACCCUCUCUCACCUCCUCCCGCCCGCCGCGCUCACCCAGCCUGCCUUCUUCGCCCGCCCCUUCCUCAUCAGGUGCGGCCAGGUGGCGCUCACCCUCCUGGCGUACCGCUGGAUGUUCUACUUCAUCUGGGCCGUCGCUGAAUCCGCCCUCAUCCUCUCCGCUUUUGGCUUCUCGGGAUUUAAGGCAGCAGCUCCCAGCCACAGGGAGGGUGAUGGGGAGGCGAGGGAAGGAGAAGGCGGGCAGAAGCAGCAGCGGCUGGAAGCGGACUGGAGCAGGGCGAGCAACGUGAACAUAUGGGUGGUGGAGGUCACGGGCAGUGCGGCACAGCUGCCAUCAAACUGGAACAUCGGGGUCAGCAACUGGCUGCGCACCUAUGUGUAUGACCGCAUGACCCCCCCAUCAGGAAAGCCCAACCUGACAACUCUCCUUGUGACACAAGCUGUCAGCGCGCUGUGGCAUGGCCUACAUCCAGGCUACUACCUCUUCUUCCUCUCAGCCGCCAUCGCUCAAGACGCCUCCAAAUUGCUGCACCGCCUGCACCAGUCCAUCCCCCCUCACAGGCGGUGGCAGCGCGGCAUGGCAUGGGUGGCACAGAUGCUCUACACACGUGUGCUCGUGGGGUAUGCGCCGCUGGGCUUCAUUGUGAGUACUGCUAUUCCAUGUGCCGGCAUGCUGUACACACACAUGUGGCGUGCUUGGGAGUGGCGUGGUUGA